AUGAAGCCUAUGAACAGAACUGUGCUGGCUACGAAAGACUACAGUAAGGCUUACGACACAGUCUGGAGAGAUGGCCUCCUCUGGAAGAUGCAAAAGAAAGGACUCUCGAAGACCUUGAUCCGCUGGACCCAAGGAUGGCUCAGCAACCGGCAGGCGUUUGUCACCUUCGGAGACAGCAAGAGCGAAAAGACGCUCCUCAGACAAGGAGUUCCUCAAGGAUCCGUCAUUGCACCCCUGUUGUUCCUCGUCUACAUCGACGAUCUCGCCGAAGUGACUCCGGAUGACGUGACGGCCAGUCUGUUCGCCGACGAUGUUGCAGUAUAUGCCUCACGCACCUCCCUUCGCCAAGCAGAAUCAGCAGUCCAGCGAGCUGUAAACAAGAUUGCCGAGUGGAGCCUCACCUGGAAGCUCACGAUCUCACUGGGAAAGUGCGAAAGCUCUUUCUUUACUACCAACACAAAGGAAGCCAGAUGGAUCCCUAACAUCACCAUUGGAGACACCACGAUUAAGACAGCCCAGAACCCCCUGUUCCUUGGUCUCCACUAUGAUAGACAGAUGACCUUCACAGCGCACACCGAACAUGUGACGAAGAAAGUCCAGAAGCGAUCGCGAGUCCUCCUCUACCUGGCAGGCACAGACUGGGGACACUCCAAGCGACUUCUCAGAGACACCUAUACAGCGACUUCCCGCUCUCUGGUGGAGUACGCGGGAGCAGUCUGGCACCCCUGGAUGUCAAGCACGAACCUUGAGAGGCUUGAGGCAGCCCAAAGGUUCGCAGGCAGAGCAGUGACCGGGCAGUUGAAGACGACGCCGAACGAAGCGGUCCUCCUUGACGCCGGCUUGCCCACAAUCAAGGAAAGGUGCAAGUUCAUCGCAAUCAAUGCUCUUGAGAAAUCGAUGCGACUCGACCCGAGCAACCCCAGACGCCAGAUUGCAGAGAAGCCACAACACCGGCAAGGUUGCAACCCUGAACCCUUCCCGGAUCCCGUAGCGCCAUGGACUAAACUCUCUAACUGCGCCUUCACCUACACGAACGUAGAGAAACGACAGGACAAUGAGACGAAAAAGAAGGCAGGAGAAGAAGCAAUCAAUCUAAACCAUGACACCUACAAGCUCAAUAUUUACACUGAUGGCUCAGCCCAAGACAGCAACAAGAACGGAGGAGCAGGAGUAGUGAUAGUCCCCUCAGACCCAGAAGAGGAAACAACGAUGCUGAGUCACCCCGCUGGCAAACUCACCUCCAGUUUCCAAGCCGAACUGACGGCCAUCAAUCAUGCUCUAAAACACGUAGCCUCCAACGACCACCAUGACUGCCAGAUCCGCAUCAUCACCGGCUCGAAAUCGGCACUUCAACGCUGUGAGAGCAUCACGAGUGACCCGCGUCCCAACUCAUGGCUGGAGAGAGAGGUCCUUGACUCCCUCAUGACCCUCGGCGAGCGACAAGUCGGUAUCGUCUUCCUGUGGUGCCCUAGCCACUGUGGCCUAUGGGGAAAUGAAGAAGCUGACAGAUGCGCAGCAGAAGGUAGCGCUAUGUCGCAAGACAACAUCCCCUGGACUUAUCACUCAGCACAAGCGAAAAUAAGAAGAAACAUAAAGAACACCAGUGUGGAACACCCAAGAUGCAAGAGAGUGUACUGUGACAGCAACUCAGUCCCUAAGUUCCCAUUAGAUGAGGACCUGACACGACGGGAACAGGUUACUCUGAGCCGCCUUCGCAGUGGUCACCACACAGAGAUACGUUACUGGCGUAUAAAGAUCAAUGAUGAAACUGAAUCCGAAUGCAGAUUUUGCGGGCUAGCCGAAGAAACGAUGGAACACAUAAUGGAAGAUUGCCCUGCCAUGAGGAACCACUACCCAGAAGAUUGGAACCUACACAAGAUGACCACCAUCCCAAGAAAAGCCCUGGAAAUAUGGCAACGCUUCCUGGACAAGAUAAACCCACCGAUUUCGGACAGAAACGACGACGACUAG